AUGGAAUUAGCUGUUUCUCACGAAGAUUCUCAAAUCUUACUAAAGGACAAGAAUGUUCUACAAGAAAGUGUUUUGGAUAAAUAUAGAACUGCUGGUCAAAUUGUCCAAACUGCAUUGAAAUAUAUUACCGGCUUGAUUAAUGAUGCUUACCAUUAUAAAACCAUCGAACGUCCAUUAACUAUUUCAGAAUUAUGUCUUCUUGCAGACUCCUUCAUGGUCACUCGUUUAGAUCAAUAUUACAAAAAUAAAGUAAAUGAAAGAGGUAUUGCCAUUCCAACUACUAUUGAUGUCGAUCAAAUUUCCAGCGGUUGGGCUCCAGAAAUUGAUGAUGAUGUCAACAUCAAGAACUGGAACAAGGGCACUACAUCGCAAGCUGAUCCAUUCGGUUCAGUUGUUACCGGUUUUUUCAAAGAAGGUGAUAUUGUCAAAAUUUCCCUCGGUGUUCACAUCGAUGGUUACACUUCUCAAGCUUCUCACACCAUGGUUAUCUACCCUGUAGACGCCUCAACUUCAGCAGCCCCAAAGCCAGCUGGUCCUUUGUUAGGCGGUAAAGCUGAUGCCAUUGCAGCAACUCACAUUGCCACGGAAUCUGUAAAUGCUUUAUUAAGUUGUGCUCUAACUCCAGAAAAGUUACCACCAUCACUUGGUACAAAGGUCAACGGGCAAUUAAUUAGGUUAGUUGUUGAUACUAUUGUGAGAUCAUAUAACUGUGCUGUUGUUCCAGGUUCUCGUGUACGUAGAAUUAGAAGAUUUUUAGCAGGUCAAAAUGAAGGCAUUGUUGCUGAAAAGGAAUAUAAAGGUGUCAUCUGGACUGAAUCUCACCAAGAAGCGCACUUACUAUCUAAUACUGAUGCAAGAGAUUUGAGUGUCGUCAAAGGAAGCAACAACAAUGUACUAUCCGCCGUCCCAACAGAUGAUUUCACUGUAGAAGCUGGUGAAGCCUAUCUUGUUGAUUUGAAAGUAUGUCCAUUGGAUCAAUUCAAUAAGAAAGGGUUAGUUACAUUACAAACUAUCGAUUCAUACACUGGUAAAUCCCAUAAAGAAACUGAAUUAGUAGCUAGAUCAGGUAUGUACAUAAGAGAUUAUGCACAAUCCCAUCAAUUGAAAUUGAAGACAUCCAGACAAUUAUUAACCAAGAUAGAUAGACAAGGUGUUUAUCCAUUUAAGUUAGCUCAUUUAGCUCAAAGUUUCCCUGUAAAAUCAGAAGAAGGUUUUGAUGAACAAAUACAAUCAAUAAAGAAAGAUUUAAAAUCAUUUAGACUUGGUAUGAGUGAAAUAUCAAACAAUUAUCUAUGUGUAGAAAGUCCUAUACAGGUUGCUAAAUGGGUUCCAUGGGAUCAUAUUAUAAAGGCAACAAAUCCAAAUGGUAAUUUAAGUUACGAUGCUACUGCUGCAUUAACAUUACCAGGUCAUGAAGUUCCAUUACCAAAACUUGGUGUUUCAGCUUUAAGAUUGAAAUCGUUGAUGAAGUCAUCCAAAGAAACAGUUGAAGUUCCUGUUAUUCAUGAAUGUAAUACCGUUGUACUAUGUGGUACUGAAGUCAGUUUAAGUGAUAGGCCAGAAUUAUUAAAAGUCACUGGUGGUUCAAAGACUUGUCAACCAAGUUGGGUUCACUCUAAACAUGAACUUAAUCAACAAGACUCUGUUGUUCAAGGUGUAUUUAAAUUAGCGGCACUGGCUAAGGAUAAGAGAUUUGGUUUAUUAAUGAGAGAAACCCAACCAAUGAAACAAUCAGCUCAAUAG